AUCCACUGGAAGUCAAUAGGGGCUACGACCGUCUCAGGUGUACAAGCAGCAUCCUCUGGAAGCAAAUAGGGGCUACGACCGUCUCAGGUGUACAAGCAGCAUCCACUGGAAGUCGAACGAGGGUUACAACCGCUAUACCUUUACAGAUAUCGCCUGCUGAACCACUGAGGGAGAGAAAGAUAGUGCGUACCAGAGACUCGAAAGCUGCAACACCAGACAUUGAUGAAGCUCACACAGAGGACACUGACAACAUUCCAUUUAUUUUUUUGGACAGCAACGGAGAUAAUGAUACUAGAAAGCACGAGUACAUCUGUGUAUCAUAUACCUGGUUUGGUCUGUGUGCCGGCUGUCCCCGCUACCACAAUCGCACUCGCGAGCCUUACCUGUGGCAGAGUCGGAAGGAUUCUGGUGAGGAAUGGUACAAUCUCCCAUACGAUGCCAGCUUAUUCUUCGAAAGGUCCUUUUGCGACCUCACUGAUACUCGGUUUGCUAUAGACUUCGAUGCGAUGUCAUUCACAAAUGGAGGAACACAUUUUUCACUCAGACGACUGUCGACACCAUCAUAUGUAACUGCAAGAGGAGGAACUCCUCUCGAAUUCUACACUCAGUGGGUGUGGUAUCGACAAGAACGUGAUGGUUCAUACACCCCGUUCUACCCGGGCACUUUACAGUACACCCUGGAGGAAAAGUACAUCACAGGACAGCACAAGUAUUACUUUGAGUUUGAAGAUCUUCGCCUGAUGGUGGACACUCAACGCUCACCAAUGAUCCAAACAAACCUAGACACGCUGCGAUCCACAAAAGUCCUUCGUCGACCAGUCUUUGUAUCCAGAGAGGAAGUGGAUGCGAUGUCUCCACUGCUACUGAGCAAGACUCCUAAGCCAAUGCAUCGGGUACCUGCUCACUGGACUACUGUGGAUCACUUCCAGGACUUUGAGCUCGUUGAGCUGGACUCAGAUAAUGCUGAGUAUGACGCCGUGAAGCAACAGUUCUUCGCGACCAUGGACGUCAGCGAGCAUGACAUCGUGCGCGUGUCCGUGUACAGAACCCGGGGUUGUGGGAUAAAUACUGCAGUGUCAGGCGGGCCAUGACACCAAAAGGUCAGACAUCAAAAGAGGUGGAGGAGCGCCAUUUGUUUCACGGAACCCCGACACUUCAGGCGGCCAGGGGCAUCUGCGCCAACAGUUUUGACUUCCGCAGGUCUGGAGAAAAUGUGGGAGCUAUCUGGGGCAAGGGAGCUUACUUCUCCACCACAGCCAAGUACAGUCACAGCUACACGCGUGCUCAUAUCACACCCACAGGCGACCUCACGCGGUUCAUGUUUCUGGGAAGGAUCCUGGUGGGGCAGUACACUCUGGGUGAUCCUUCUUACACUAAGCCACAGAGCGUGACCGGCUGAAGCUGUACGAUUCGUGCGUGAAUGAUUACUUUAACCCCACAAUAUUUGUCAUCUUCGACCUGGCACAAAGCUACCCGGAGUAUCUGAUCGAGUACGAAGCAUUUUCAGACUAAUGCCAGGGAAGUCUCUGGAAUACAGCUACUGCCACAAGCAUCGGUAACAUAUCAAUUUGCAGCCACCAACAGAGCUGCGUCGCAAAGAUAUUCUUUAAGAAGUCAAACAUCAGCACAGCCUGCGUCACCUCUUUCUUCACUUCAGACAUCUCGACCUUUGACCUCUUUUCCCACACAAGCAUCUUCAAGCAGCUCCUACGGGGCCACAACUGUGCCCAGUCCUCACCUCGUGGCUUUAAAGGCACUUUUAUCCAGGGCUCGCGCUGACACUUCAAGACCCGUGUCAUCUCCACAGUCACCUUCAACACAAACUGUACUCAUAUCGCCAUCAGCAGCAAACACUCGUGCCCGCGAUGUAUCUACAUCAGACACUUGGUCAUCGCCUGAUACAGACUCACUAGUGACCUUAACCGUUACUGAUCCGCCGCCUAAAAGUUAUUGCAUAAUAUCAUAGCACAGCCUGGAAUGUUAAUUACGAUUGGAAUAAUCGUUAGAUGCAAUAUAGGAAGUUUUGGUGAAUGCAAUUUGACCCUUUUUUGCAAUAUUUCAUUUCAUUUUUGUACAAGGAAAAAAAAACAAUAAAUUUUUUAAGUCACACCACGUAAAUGUUUACAAAAUAUUCUUUAAAACGGUUAUCACAGUUAGUUGUCUUUAUUAUAGGUUAAUAGUUAUAAAUAUUCAAAAACAUUUGAUCGCUGAUUUUCCAGUCCAAAGUCACACAUUCCAUUAGUGUUCGUUUUUUCCAAAAACUUAGACAUGAAUAAGACGCUUUUGAGUGUAAGAAGUACCAUAAAAUUUGGUCCGCACAUAAGAGUUUCCUUUGUCCUGUUGACAAGGGAGAGGAACAUUCUGAUUAACAUGAAUACUUUCUAGUGGAUCUACAACUAUUUCCUUCCAGGAAGUACAUCGAGAUCGAAAUAUUGCAACCCUGGGGCAAUACACUGGCACCUUUCUCUCUCAAGACACGAACAGCAGAAACCAAUGAUGUUUUAUAACAGAGACUGAGUUGUCCUCGAGUGUUAACAACAGUAAUGUAAGAGAAAAGAAAGCAAACUGUCUACCCUGUGAAUGUCUAAUAUGCUGUUUUAAUAUGACAGGAAUCUGAGAAAGAUGUUACCAACCUUGAAGCUGGUUGAUUCAAGGAUUUCAGAAAAAUCGACAACCGCAUUUCAUCAGCCCAGUCAGUGUAAUGUCCUAUUUGUUAAUGAUAUUAACAAAGUAUUUUGGGGUAUUUGAACAUGUUCGUUAUUUUUCCAUUUAAAAAAAUCCAUUUAGAGUUAUUUGCAAGUAGAAAAAAUGUAUUAUUUCCUUGGCUAUGUUCGUAAGAAACCUAUAAAUGCUAUAUCAUGAAAAUUGUUUAUAAAAGCUAUUUAUCUGUGAGCAAAAAGUCUACAUUGUCAAAUUAUAUAAAAAUUGUUGCUUUCAGGUGAAAAAGAUGAAUUUCAAAGAAAGCUUCUGCAUUCACCAGCACACGGACACAAACUCACUCACACGCUCACUCACAAUCUCACACACUCACUUUGGCUUGCUUGUGGUAAGUGGUUUGCACAUGUAAUGUGUGUAAAAUUGUGUAAAUACUCGUAUAUUUUGCUUUCUUUGUAAACGCUGACAUGGGGAAUUUGAUAUUGAUGACAGAUAAUCUUUUUCCUGAGAUUUGUGUUUUGCAGAUUGCUCGUCGAGAACCGAAUCUGUCCAGCAACUGUUAUGAAUUCGUUGCCUUCGUAGUGUCUUGCAGAUAUUAUAUGUUCCUUAACUUUGAAACAGCAUGGCAAAUUUUGUUUACUCGGUAAUAUUUGGCUGUCCUUAGUUCCGAUCUCGGCCAAGGUACUCUUUCUCUGCAUUAAGGACCUUUUACAGUACCAAUAGCUUGGCCGUUAUAUUUUACCUGUGUCGCUACUUGGCAUAAAAACCUUCUUUCUCCCACUCCUUCCAGAUAAUAACUUUUGGUAUAUCAACUUCUUCAAUAGAAUGGAUAAAAAAAGCUUUUUGACCCAGUUGAAAAUGGCAAAAACGAGAUCGAUUACACUUUACUGUUUACAAAAAUACCUUUUCAACGGAAUACAUCACAAGUAUUUAUGUUUGAAAACAUUGGAGGACUGGCAGGACCUUGUCCUACUAUUCCUGCCCGUGGUUAAUAAGCAUGUUGGAUCAUCUUGACCUCGUUAACUAUCGCUUUGAUAAUGAUGUUCACACUAGUCGCUGUCGGUUCUAACCUUUUGUUGAUCAUGUGAUCGAAGAUGUAUUGUUUGGUGCCCGGUGACAUCUAGAGAAAACCUUGUCAGAGGUGUUUGUAACGAUCUUAUUAAAAAGUGAAUUACA